UCGGCCACCAUUGUUGGAUGUGAUCCUUGUGCAUAGUUUCAUUUGAUUUGCAUUUUUUCUCUAAGUUAAUAGUAAUAUUGUGAACGUAUUUCGCAAAAAAUAAGCGUGCAAAAGCUAAAGGCAUGAGAUAGGAGUGUAAAUACAUCAAAUCGAGUGUACAAUCAAAGAAUAAACGCAUUCAAAAUGUCACAAGAAGUGAGCUUCGGAUUCGUGAACACCAUACCGUACGAGAAAUAAAUGUGCUUUUAUGUGAAAUUAGUGUAAAAACCGCAGUGUACAGGUGCUAUAUUCUUAUGUUGUGGAUAAUCGUUAUCGCUAAUCGCGAGGACAACAACGUGUUUCUAUGAAAACACCUGAGAAGUUUCUGUACACGUCGUAAGGGAGUGUAGUUACGCGGGCGAAGCCUUCAUUUGCCGGUAUCAUUAUGGUGGAUUGAGUUAAUUGUUUGCGGUGGAAAAGAAGCUCGAACACGCGGAUCGGAGCGCCGAGCGGGUCGCACGCACGAUGUCCGGCGGGUCGCAGCACAACCCCAACGGGAGGCAAUCGCAGCUCGGCUCGGGAUGGAGUCCUUUGCAGUUGCAGGUGGCGAAUCUCCUGGCGCGAGUGCCGCAAGCGCACAUGGCGUCAGAUCGCGGCGUGACGUGGCACACCCCGACACCACCACCGCACUUGUACCACGUGCCCGCUCCGUCACCACCGGAUCCGUUGCAGCUUGGUACAAUAAUACCAAACUGUAUGCAGGUGAUGAAGGGCGCCGGCGACUCGGUGUUCCGGCACACGGCGACGCCGCCCGACCACUACCGACACACGCCGACCCCGCCCGACAACCACACCAUGAGACACACCCCGUCUCCCGGUGUGAAGUUCAUCGCGCCGAUUUCGGCAGACAUGUUCCCGCUACUACCCGGACGAGAUAAAGCCCCCCGCGACUCGGAGUUAUACCCGCGCGGCGGCGUCGACCUGAGCGUGCGCGGCGCCAACGGCUCCCCGGCGCCGCCCCCCGCGCCCGCCCCGGCCACGCCCACCGCCCCCGCGCUGUCCGUGAGAGAUGCGCCCACUAUCAACAGUCUGAUAGCUCGCGCGGCGCCGCACGGUCGCGCGGUGCACGCGCGCGUCGAUGCGCUGCUGGAGCGGCUGUCUGCGGCGCCGGCGUCCCCGCACUCCGUCAUAGUACACCCGCGAGUGCACACGCCCAGCCCGCCCAGCUCCAACGAGGACUCGGCCGACUCGUGCGGCGCGCCGCCCGGCUCGAAGCGGAAGCGGAAACCGGAGCGCACGAUACGCGUGCCGGUGCCGGCGCCGGAGCGCGCGCCUUCCCCGCCGCCGCCGCCCGCCGAGAAUGGCGACGCGCACGCCCCGCCUCCGCCCCACCCCGCGCACGCGCCGCCCUCCCCCUCGCCCCCGCCCCCGCGCCGCGCCCGCUCCGGCUCCGCGGAGACCAUCGACGACAUCGCCGCCAUGAUCGCCGGCACCGACCCCGCCCCCGUGCCCGCGCCGCCGCCGCCGCCCGAGCCCGACGCUCCCGCCACCGUCGACAAGCUCGAGAGCGUCCUCGCCAGCCCCGAGCCCGAGAAGUCGCCUAAGUCCCCGCCCAAGUCGCCCGAGAAGCCGAGCGCCGAGCCCCCGCCCACCGCCGCCGCGCCGCGCCGCCGGAGCGCCCGCACCUCCAACGAGUCCACCAACGUACCCGUGGAGUCCCCCUCCGAGGCGAAGCCCGCGGAGCCCGAGGCGGCGGCCCGGAGCGCGGACCCCGUCUCGGCGAGCUUGAUCGAGGUCGAGAAGCAGCUGGAGAGCAUGUUCGCGGGCAUCGACGAGCCCGGCGAGAAACCGCCCGCGGCCGAAGUCGAAGAGAAGAAGCAGACGGCGAAGGCGAGGAAGCGCAGAAAAUCUGCCCCCACCAAGGGCGAGAAGAAGGCGUCGAAGCGGACGAGCCGCGCCAGCACCGGCGACGAGAGGAGGAAGGUCGCGAGGAAGAAGGGCGCGGAGAAGAAGAAGAAGGACGGAUCCGUGAAGGACGCGUACGCGUACGACUCCGGCAGCAACGCCAGCUCGAGCCGGUCUAGAGGGCCGUAUAUACAAAUCGUGGGACCGCGGGAUUCCCCGGUAUCGGUCGCAGUAGUGAACGCUGCGGCGGGCGCGAACGAUGAGGCCCGGGGGGACGAGUGGCGGAACGGUCUCCGUGCUCGUGGCCUCCACGCGAGCACCCUAGGGCUCCGGUACGACGCGUCCACGCCUGACGCCUCCUGGCUGUGUGCGUUCUGUGAACGAGGACCACAUUACAGUGGACUGGGAGACCUAUUCGGCCCGUAUGCGCUAGAUACGGAGUGUGAUGAGUACAGGUCGAUGGACGAAGCAUCGAAGCGUCGCUUCGCGUCGUCGUCGGGUGGUGCGGAGGUGUGGUUUCACGAGGCGUGCGGCGUGUGGGCGCCGGGGCUGCUGGCGGCGGGCGCGCGUAUAUGGGGCCUCGCACCGGCGGUGUGCAACGCGCGAGCGGCCCGCUGCGGGACGUGCACACGCGCCGGCGCCGCAAUAUCGUGCGCGACGCGCGCCUGCCCCGCCGCCGCGCACUACCCCUGCGCGACCGCGUGGACGCUCCGCGACGACUUCCGUGCGCUGUGCCCGCGACACGCCGACUCGCAGUGAUGAGUGACUAGUGCGUGAAGUGUGACCGCGCGAUCCCGUUACCUGAUUCUGUGACGCUCAGCAGCGACCACUCUGUCGAAGCUCGGACGAGUUACCUGUGAUCGUGGACGUGACAGAGAUGCUUAGUGUUAAUAAUAUUACUCAUUAUGGUAUUAGUACGGAGAGUAUAUUGAAUGCUUUGAUUUGGUGUACUUAUUAAUUGAUAUUUAUAUAUUUUGGACCUAAGACACCGGUGUGCAUCUGAUGAUGGAAUCUCUAGGAAGGGGCUCUCGGAUGUAGGUAUCGUUAUGUAGUUUGUUGUAGCUAGACGAGCCGACUGUGUAUGUGACGGUAGAGUAUUGCGACAUACCUCAACCUCGGGAUUAGAAAACGCCCAUCACGUUGGGUGUUCUGA